AGUUUAAUCAGAUAGUGGCAAACAAACAACAAUGAACAUGAGAUAACACAGCAUUAACUGGACUUUGUCAGUCACUUGCUCGAGGGCACUGCCAUUCACAGUACAGAGAUGAAGUACCAAGGAUAUCAGGAGCUGCUAGUGGAGAAGCAGGACAAGCUUCUGGUCGUGAAAUUCAAUAAUCCUAAAAAGAAGAAUUGCCUGAGUCCCGUGGCCUAUAAAGAGCUGGCCCGCGUGCUGGGGGAAGUGAACAAUGAUGCCGACGUGACAAUAGUUGUGUUGACCGGGGUGGGCGAUUUCUUCACGGCUGGAAAAGAUUUAUCCCAAAGUGGAAAAGCUGACAAUCUCACUGAGUAUCUCGUACAGUCAAAUGUCAUAUUCAAAUUCAUGAUAAAGAGCUUUAUAAACUGCAAGAAGAUCGUCUUUACCUUGGUUAAUGGUCCAGCAAUCGGCAUCGGCGCCACCGUUGUUGGGCUCAGCGAUGUCGCAUGGUGUGCCGAGGAGGCAUACUUUCUCACUCCAUUUUCGAAAUUGGGUCUCGUCCCAGAAGGGGGAUCUUCUUAUAUGCUGCCCAUGAUUCUUGGUCGCUCCAAAGCCUCGGAAAUGCUUCUCCUCAACGAGAAGUUAUCGUCCGCCGAGGCGUACAAUUUUAACUUUGUGUCGCGCAUCUACAAGACCGAGGAGCUGGACUCUGUGGUGUGGCCCAAGCUGCGGGAGUUUUCCGCUUUGCCACCUACUUCUCUGAAGGAGGGAAAACGCUUGAUCAAGGAGGGCUUCCUGGCGAACCUCCUGAACGCUCAUGAGGCUGAGUGCAAGGAGUUGAUCAAUCGUUUUCAUGCUGAGGAGUUUUUGCAGGUUAUAAACAACUUUGGAAAUCGAAAGUCAAAACUGUAAACAUUGAACUUUCUUGUAAGCUAAUAUUUGCAUGGCUGUAAAUGAGAUUAGAGCUUAAGUGGAAUGUUUAUAGCACAAAUAAUAACUUAUCAUGUUUUGCGGUACUUUCUAGAGCUGCCAGAUCGA